GUAUAGCCAACUGAAAUAUUCAAAUAACACUUCACACACCAGGGCAGAUAGGAAGCAGUGAACCCUUUGUGUCUUUUGUCGGGAGACCUGAAAGCAGUCUGUAUUACAAUUAAAGUCUAUGGCUUUCUUCCAUAGCUGGGAUUACUUGGGAAUGCAUAUUGUUGAAAACUGUAGUAUGCCUCUACUUAUUCAAUUAAAUAAAAUGUAUUUAUAUAGCGCCAAAACAAUACAAUUGUCUCAAGGUGCUUGUGUUCACCUUAUGUUCACCUUAAUUUCCCCUGGCCUCAUAGUCCUCCAUCCUUGUAUAAAUAGAAGCAUAAAUGAAAAACAUACCCCAUUCAUUUUGCCCUUAUCUUGGCUUUGUCUUAUUUUACCUGAAUCCAUGUGAAAAUGUACUCAAUAUUGCCUUAAAAAGCAAGGGAUGGUUCACAAUCAAUAUUCCAUGGAAAAAAAGCAGCACUGUGUAAUGAUUAAGUUCUGGUAUAUUCUUAAGCAUUUAAAACAACUGUGUUCACCCAUGAUGGUCUAUAUGGCACUGGAAGAUACUACGAUACAUCGUGAAUCUGAAUUAUUCACAGAAUCACUGGCGUACACGAAAUAAUGGGCGUGUGUGUGCACUUGCUGUUCAUUCAUGUACGAUUGGGACGCGUCUCUAUCCAUGAUCACGUGACAGCGGUUCAAGUCAUAUCUUAGUUUUAUAAAAAUGACCACUCGCCUCGUAACGCGUGGAGGAAGCAUGGAAUCUCACGACAACCUGACUGAACGGACAUCGCAGAAGGAAACGGACUAGUUUUUGUUUAAUAUUUUUUGAGAUCAUGCAUGUGCCCACCGUGACCCAGGCCGUCACCACCGGCCUCAACAACAGCACCGCGUCGCCCUGCGAGGCGCCGUACUCCCAGGACCGCAUCCCUCUGGUGCUGCUCUACAGCACUGUCCUCGUGGUGGGUCUGCCGGCCAACCUGGCCACCGUCUACCUCACCUUCCUGCAGGUGCGGCGCAAGAAUGUGCUGGGCAUAUACCUGCUGAGCCUGUCGCUGUGCGACCUCACCUACUUGCUCACGCUGCCGCUGUGGGUCGUCUACGUCAACAGUGGCCACCAGUGGCCCCUCGGCUCCUUGGCCUGCAAGGUGACGGGCUACAUCUUCUUCAACAACAUGUACAUCAGCAUCUUCCUGCUCUGCUGCAUUUCGGUCGACCGCUACGUGGCCGUGGUGUACGCCGUGGAGUCGCGCGGCCUGCGCCGCCAGCGCCUCGCCGCAGCCAUCUGCACCGCCGUGUGGCUGGUCGUGGCGCUCGGCCACAUGCCCGUCUUCACCAUGCCCGAGGGCGAGGCGGGCCGCGGCGCGCGGCACUGCUUCGAGCCGGGCCAGAGCACGGCGAGCGUGACGGGCUUCAACUAUGCUCGCUUCUUCGUGGGCUUCGCAGCACCGCUGGCUGUGCUUGCCAGCACCAACCGCGCCAUCUUGGUCAACGUGCAGGCCAGCACGGGCCUACGGCACUCCCAGAAGGAGAAAGUGCGCUACCUGGCGGUGGCGGUGGUGCUGCUAUUCCUGGUGUGCUUUGGGCCGUACCAUGUCAUCCUUCUCAUGCGGGCCAUCACCUACCACUUCACCCAGGAGCCGUGCCACUUCGAAAACUGCGUUUACACUCCCUACACCAUCUCGCUGGGCUUGUCCACCGUCAACAGCGCCGUCAAUCCCAUCCUCUACGUGCUGUCCAGCGACAACAUCCGGCGGGAGAUCGCCCGUGGCCUCAACAGCCUGCGCGAUCGAACUGUGAUCCGCCAGCGCUCCUCGAACAGCAGCCAGCACAAGAUGAACAACUCCUCGGACGGAGCCAUCAUCGCUGCACACGAUACCGACAAGCCCUGCACACCGCCGCUUGGCGUGGAGCAGAUGUUCAGCCAAACUGCACUACAGACCGACAAGAAGGAGGUGUGCUGACAGAUAUAACGGCCUUGCUGGAUCAAGGCUUUGGUGCUGUGGAAAGCACUCCUACUGUAUAGUUGGCUGUUUAGGCUUGAAUGACCAAAAAACAAGGCGACUGAACUCUACUGAUCUCUCUGCUGGUUGAAACCUGCCCCCAGAGGAUGUGAACUGCCUCAAGCCAAAUGCCCGUUUUCUAUGUUUGGACCCAACGCUGUCCCCCUCCUCAUCUACACAAUGUCUAGUUAACAGUUAUUGCGUUGAGUGGCUUUUAGGGGGUUCUUGCUGAGAGGCUACUUGUGCUGUGAAUAGGCUUUUAUUGCCCCAAACCAGACACGCUUUUUCUAUCAUGUCUGUUCCUAUCAAGUUCUUUGUUCACCCGAUGAAGGAAAUGCAUAGCAAUUGUUCAGAAAGUUGCCUAUUGAGAAACAUCAUCAUGAUCAGCACCAUUUGUUCUCCAUGUGCCAUGAUUUUAACUGGCAAGGGGAUUAAUGAAUAUAUAUGUAGCUUAAAUAAUGGACCACGAGCAGAUGCCAUAUGCAUUAAUGGACAAUUCCUGGCAUACAAAUGAAAUGACCGUUAAUGUAUGAACAUACUGAAUAUUAUAACUGAUACUUUGAUACUUUGACAUUUUAUAAUAGGUUUAUAUGUUUGUAUAUUAUCGUGUUCAUGUUGAAUUGUAUGUUGUAUUGUGUGUUAUAAUAGUUUGUAAUAAUGUGUAAUAGUGUGUAAUAGCCUUUAAAAAGAAGAAACAGCUUAGUUUUUCAGAUGCAUGCUUUUGAUGCCACACUUGUUAGCAAUUUAUCUGGCAGCAGGUAGGUUUUAUAAGCGAAAAAGGAACUGCACCAGCAAUCAAAGUUAAAUAUGUUUUUUCAUAAUAAAGUUACUGUGUUAAAUAAUA